CUUACGAUCUCAAGCAACCGUCCGAAGAACUCGUAAAAACCGUCAUAAUGAAGAGAGGUGACAGGAAUCAUUCUCUGCGACAAAGUGUGAGUGAUACCUCACAUCUAGACAGUAAAAUUGAUUAAUAUUAAUAAAUAAAUAAUGACACGGGCAAAUGAGAGUCAAAGCGCUGGGUGAGGGUGAAAAUUAAUUAAUAAAUAUAAAUAUCUUUUUCAAGUUUCUUCGGAAUUCAGCAACAGAUCAUUUGAUUAAGAUGAUGUAGAAGUUUAUUGUCAAUAGAUUUAUCAGAUUUUCAGAAUUAAAAAUAUUGAUAAGUGUAUGUGUGUAUGUAUAACAAAUAUCGUAUUUUAAAAUAUCGUACUUUAAUACAGAGCAGUAUUUAAUUUUUUAACACAAUCGGGAAUUUUAAUCAAACAUUGACUUAUUCGUUCAACCUCAGAAAUAUAUUUGAAUAGUUAAAUCAGUUCAAACUGAUUUCAGACGAUUUACAUAAACUAAAACGCACAAAAUGCGUAGCAACUAGAAAAAAAAAAAUUUAUCUGUUUACAACGAAUAUUGUUAUUGUUAAAAAAAUUUCUUUAGAAUAAAGAAUGUUUAAAUAGUCAUAUAUUUGAUUCAAUCAAACAAAUUAUGUUAAAAAAAAAUUUGUUCAAAUUUUUUGUCUAAACUUUAAUGCGAAACAUAAUUUUCUUUACAUUUUCUUACCAUUAAUUAAUUUGCUGGUAACUAAUUUUGCAAUAUAUCCGUUAUCUCUUCUUAAUCGCAUGUCUUUAAAAGAGAUAUUAAAGAAUGCAUAUUAUAUCCAAAGCUUUCUAUCUAAACAUCAUAGUUAUUAAGUAAUAAAAAAAUUUGUGCUGUUAUUAAAAUGCUGUUUGUACAAAAAAGAAAAUAUUAUAAAUAUUCAUUAUACAUGACACUAAAUGAUAAUUUGGCUCUCGUUCAUUGACCCCGUAUACCUCAUUUUGACAUAAGAACAUUACUUGUGUUUCCGCUCUGACACUAUUUGACCUUAUUAAUCCGAACGCAGGCAAAUGAGUUCUAUUUUCAAUCUAAUGUACAUUGCAGAAUAUGGUCUUAUCCGUUGAAUGUAAAUUUCAGAGAAAUAAUAGCUGAUGCGUGCGCGCUCUGUUUCGGGGACAUUCUAUAUAUAUAUAUCGCGCGAGUAGUAGUAAAACAGAAUUUUUUUGACACACGGACCAUUCAGUUAGAUUAAAGUGCGUGACGAAGGAACUUACGAAUAUACUUCGUUUUUCGGAUUUCGUCAUGACAUCCAAUACAUUGGAAAAUUUUGCAAUGAAAUUUGAAGAGACUGUAAAAAGCGGAGUACCGGCGAAAGAAUCACAUACGAUCAAUUAUGAAUGGAAAAUUGUUUGGAAAAAUGUCAUUGUUUUUAUUUAUAUUCAUCUUGCCACCAUUUACGGAUUAUAUCUAGCUUUUUGUUACGCUAGUCUUCGAAGCUUUAUGUGGUAUUUCAGUUUUGGUAUGCUUUCGGGUAUAGGCGUCACUGCUGGCGCUCAUAGAUUAUGGUGUCAUCGAUCUUAUAAGGCAAAAUGGCCAAUGAGACUUAUUCUUAUCAUUUUUCAUACUGCUGCUUUACAGGAUAACCUUUACCAGUGGGUCAGAGAUCAUAGAGUACAUCAUAAAUUCACCGAUACUGACGCAGACCCGUAUAACGCGCGUAGAGGAUUUUUUUACUCACAUAUUGGCUGGCUUAUGGUUCGCAAACAUCCGGACGUCAUCAGGAAGGGUGCCACGGUCGACAUGAGCGAUCUCGAUCGAGAUCCUCUCGUGGUCUUCCAAAAAAAAUGGUACUCAUAUUUGGCGUUGUUUUUAUCUAUUGUCGUGCCAACCAUAGUACCUUGGUGGGGAUGGGGUGAGAAUUUGUGGUAUGCAUGGCAUUGGACCGUUACCAAAUAUUGCAUAAACUUAAAUAUCACUUGGUCGGUGAAUUCUGCGGCUCACAUGUGGGGUGUAAAACCAUUUGAUAAAUCAAUCACCCCUACCGACAAUGCUGGUGUCUCUUUCUUAACACUUGGCGAAGGCUGGCACAACUAUCAUCACGUCUUCCCUUGGGAUUACAAAGCAGGAGAGUUUGGAAAUUAUUGGUUCAAUUUUACCGCAACUUUUAUCGACCUCUGCGCUUAUCUAGGUUUAGCUUAUGAUUUAAAAACUGCAUCUGCCAAUAUGGUAAAGAAACGUGUUCUUCGAAGCAGCGAAAUGAGUUAUUAACUCUAAUCUAAUAAAAUUAAAUAUAACGCCAAUCAACUUUUAAUCUUUAAGAUAAAUUGUCAGAAAGUAAUUCGUUAGCUCCUUAGCGCCUUGCCUUCUGAACUGCAACCGCUCUGUCGUUCGCGAGACACUCGGUUGCUCCAAAAAAUUUAUUUAAACAACUGCAAAAUUAUGGUAUAUAACGUCAGCGUCUUUAUUAAAUCUUUGUGCCGUC